UUGCGGCGCCGCGGGUUGUAUCUGCUGGAUACCGGAGGGCGGAAGUGCAGCGGGGCUCGGCUCCGACCUCCUCGCCGGGCCCUUCUGCGGCUGCGCGGGCUCGGGGGACUCCGGGCUCGCGCGUCUCUGCGGGACUGUGUCAAGCACCCUGCGCCGUCGAAGGAUCCAGGUCAUCUUCACCCGUGCGGGAAGCCGGAGGAGGAGCCGGCGCUUCUGUUUAGCUUUGGUUGAAAAAAGAAUUUAGCCUAUAUGUACUGCUUUAACCACUGGAAGAAUGACAGAUGACAAAGACGUGCUUCGAGAUGUGUGGUUUGGACGAAUUCCAACUUGCUUUACCCUGUAUCAGGAUGAGAUAACUGAACGGGAGGCAGAACCAUAUUAUUUGCUUUUGCCAAGAGUUAGUUACUUGACAUUGGUAACUGACAAAGUGAAGAAGCACUUUCAGAAGGUUAUGAGACAAGAAGACAUUAGUGAGAUAUGGUUUGAACAUGAAGGCACACCACUGAAAUGGCAUUAUCCAAUUGGUUUGCUAUUUGAUCUUCUUGCAUCAAGUUCAGCUCUUCCUUGGAACAUCACAGUACAUUUUAAGAGUUUUCCAGAAAAGGACCUCCUGCACUGUCCAUCUAAAGACGCAGUUGAAGCUCAUUUUAUGUCUUGUGUGAAAGAAGCUGAUGCUCUAAAGCACAAAAGUCAAGUAAUCAAUGAAAUGCAGAAAAAAGAUCACAAGCAGCUCUGGAUGGGACUACAUAAUGAUAGAUUUGACCAGUUUUGGGCCAUCAAUCGGAAACUCAUGGAAUAUCCUGCAGAAGAAAAUGGAUUUCGUUACAUCCCUUUUAGAAUAUAUCAGACGACAACUGAACGACCUUUCAUUCAGAAGCUUUUUCGUCCUGUGGCUACAGAUGGACAGUUGCACACAUUAGGAGAUCUCCUCAAAGAAGUUUGUCCUUCUGCAAUUGCUCCUGAAGAUGGGGGAAAAAAGAAUCAAGUGAUGAUUCAUGGAAUUGAGCCAAUGUUGGAAACACCUCUACAGUGGCUGAGUGAACAUCUGAGCUACCCGGAUAAUUUUCUCCAUAUUAGUAUCAUCCCACAACCAACAGAUUGAAGGAUCGACUACUUGCUUGAACAGAAUCGCCCUUACACAGGAUUUACCAGAGCAUGUCACCCUUCUGCUUCAGUCAGGUUUGGUGGAGGCAACCUGACCAGAAACCCUGCUGCAAGCCAAACAGGAAAAAGAUUCCCUGUCUGAUAAGGGCACUGGGGCUGGUCUUGCUUUGCAUCACCACUGCUUUCCUCCACUGCCGUCAUUAAACCUCAGCUGCGACAGGAAAGACUUUACAGGACCACUGCAAGUCUUCUGUUUUCUUGUAAAAUACAAUGAAGCCGAAACCUUUGGCCUAAGAAGAAAAUGGAAAUAUGUGCCACUCAGUUUGUAUUUCUGAUUAACAAAUAAACAGGGGUAUUUCCUAAGGUGACCAUGGUUGAACUUUAGCUCGAGGGAGUGGAAACAUUGGUUUAAUUUUCAAGAGAAUUAGACUUAAGAAAGUAAAAGAGAAAUUCUGUUAUCAAUAACUUGCAGCAAUUUUUUGUAAAAGAUCAAAUUACAGUAAACCCAUCUUUCCUUAAUGAAAAUUUCCUAUGUUUACAGUCUGUCUGUUGGU